GUCCAGUCCUGGAUUUACACUCCAGGGAUUCGCGCGCAAGGCGCGAGAUGCAGGUAUCCGACAGAAUGGUUCCAAGAUCACCAUCGCCGCCCACCCUGCACCUAUUUCUCGUCCACUACCUAAUAUUGCUGCUUUGAAUUUUGUAUACCCGGAGUCCUUAGUCUUGGUUCACCGAAUUCAUAAUGGUAGGUUGUCCGAUAUGUGGUCAUCCCGUCCGCGAAAAGGACAUCAACGCCCACCUCGACUCCGACUGCGCCGACUUCAUCUACGACCCAUCCGACGACGGGCCCCCCAAGCCCGCCGGAACCCCCGUAUCGACCUUCUUCACUCCGGCGUCUGCAAAGCCGCCUCGCAAAAGUCCUCCACCCACAAACGGCGUCCCGUCGACAGACACCGGCCCGCAAGGUCCCCCCAACGGCACGAAACGCAAGCUCGACGAUGCCGCCGCCCCCUCCCAACCCUCUCCCUCCGAAACGGCCACCAAGCGCUCUAAACUCUCCAAUCUCGACCGCGUCGCCCCACUCGCCGACCGCAUGCGCCCGCGCACCCUCUCCGACGUCGCCGGCCAAGACCUCGUCAGCCCGCACGGCAUCCUCCCCAGUCUCCUCGAGGAAGGUAAAGUCCCGUCGAUGAUCCUCUGGGGCACGCCAGGGACAGGCAAGACGACGAUCGCGCGGCUGGUGGCGGCGGGGGUGGGCGGCCGGUGCGUGGAGAUCCACAGCACGAGCUCGGGGGUGGGGGAGUGCAAGCGGAUUUUCGCGGAGGCGCGAGGGGAGCUGGCGAUGACGGGGCGGCGGACGGUGCUGUUUUGCGAUGAGAUUCAUCGGUUUACGAAGGCGCAGCAGGAUGUGUUUUUGGGGCCGGUGGAGGCAGGGCAAAUUACGUUGAUCGGAGCGACGACGGAGAAUCCGUCUUUUAAAGUGAUUAAUGCGUUGCUAUCCCGAUGUCGCGUAUUUACGCUUUCGAAACUCUCGGAAACGGAUAUCCUUUCCAUCUUGCAUCGAGCGAUGGCGCAGGAAGACCCGGACGGCACAAGCGCUGCCCUCCUAGACGAAGAAAUGCUAACCUACAUCGCCCGCUUCGCAUGCGGAGACGCCCGCACCGGCCUCAACCUCCUUGAGCUGGCCCUAUCUCUCGCCAAACAACCGACCGUCACCCGUGCCACCCUCCAGCAAUCCCUCACCAAAACCGUCCUCUAUGACCGCGCGGGCGACUCGCACUACGACACCAUCUCCGCCCUCCACAAAUCCAUCCGUGGCUCCGACCCUGACGCCGCGCUGUUCUACCUCGCGCGUAUGCUCCACGCCGGCGACGACCCGCUCUUCAUCGCCCGUCGGCUGAUCGUCGUCGCGUCGGAGGACGUCGGGCUUGCCGACGCCUCGAUGCUGCCGCUAGCCACGGCGGCGCACGCGGCGGUGGAGAAGGUCGGGAUGCCGGAGGCGAGAAUUAAUCUUGCGCACGCGGUGGUGGCGUUGGCGCGUGCGCCGAAGAGCACGAGAGUGUAUCGGGGGCUGGGGGCGGCGAUGGCGAUGGUGGAGGAGGUGGGGUCGGAUGGGGUGGGGAUGGAGGUGCCGGCGCAUCUGCGGAUGGGGGUCAGCAAGCUGCUGAAGGAGAUGGGGGUCGGGGUGGGGUAUAAGUACAACCCGGAUUAUGAGGAUGGCAGGGUGAAGCAGGAGUACUUACCCGAGGCGAUCCGGGGCCGAACAUUCCUGGAGGAUCGGGAUUUAGGGACGAAGGUCGAUCCGGAUCUU